CCGCGCCUGUGGCCGAGGGGAUCAUGAAUUAAGGGCGAGGAUGCUGUCGCGCAUGUUGGAGACGUACGUGGCGGGAGUUUCACUGCAUUGAGCGGAUCGCCCCCCGGACGGCGGCACACGUAUGAAGCAUGCGGUAGGCGUGGAAUAUACGGUGACCUCCACUCGCACGCGGCAAACAAGUGUGUGUCGGGAUUCCUGCUGUCUGCGCGACUGAAUGGAGAUGAUCGCCCGCGGCCCCUGAUACAGAGACCCCCCCAAUAGAUUUCUACAGGAGCCACGGAAUUCCCGGCCCCCGGGGCUCCCACGCCGGACGGUUGUGUUGCAGAGUGACAGGUGAAUCCCUGUGAAUAAUCCGCCUGAAGAUGGCCGGGGCCUCGGUGAAGGUUGCUGUCCGCGUUCGGCCCUUCAACACUCGGGAGAUGACACUAGAUGCCAAAUGUGUUAUCCAGAUGCAGGGAAACACUACAUGUAUCUCCAACCCCAAGCAGCCCAAGGACGCCCCCAAGAACUUCACAUUUGAUUAUUCUUACUGGUCCCACACUACGAAAGAGGAUCCAAACUUUGCGUCCCAGCAGCAGGUGUACAAGGACAUCGGGGAGGAGAUGCUGCUGCACGCCUUCGAGGGCUACAACGUCUGCAUAUUCGCCUACGGCCAGACCGGGGCCGGCAAGUCCUACAGCAUGAUGGGAAAACCCGAGCCCGACCAGCACGGGAUCAUACCACAGCUCUGCGAGGAUUUAUUCGCUCGCGUUGGUAAUAAUCAGAGCCCGGACCUGGCCUUCUCCGUGGAGGUGAGCUACAUGGAGAUUUACUGCGAGAGAGUCCGGGAUCUGCUGAGCCCCAAAAGCAAAGGGAACCUGCGCGUCCGGGAGCACCCUAUAAUGGGGCCGUACGUGGAGGACUUGUCCAAGCUGGCGGUGACCUCUUACCCCGACAUCGCGGACCUCAUGGACUGUGGCAACAAGGCUCGGACGGUCGCUGCCACCAACAUGAACGAGACGAGCAGCCGGUCGCACGCCGUGUUCACCAUCGUCUUCACGCAGAAGAGACACGACGAAAUGACCGGUCUGGACACGGAGAAGGUCAGUAAAAUAAGCCUCGUGGAUUUGGCUGGCAGUGAAAGGGCAGACUCAUCGGGGGCAAAAGGAACCAGAUUAAAGGAAGGAGCCAAUAUCAACAAGUCGCUGACCACCCUGGGGAAAGUGAUCUCUGCCCUGGCUGAUAUGCAAGGCAAGAAGAAAAGGUCCGACUUCAUCCCGUAUCGAGACUCUGCCCUGACCUGGCUCCUGAAGGAGAAUUUGGGCGGAAACUCCCGCACGGCUAUGAUCGCGGCGCUCAGCCCGGCCGACGUCAACUACGAGGAGACUCUGAGCACCCUGAGGUACGCCGACCGCGCCAAGCAGAUCAAGUGCAACGCCGUCAUCAACGAGGACCCCAACGCGCGGCUCAUCCGCGAGCUCAAGGAGGAGGUGGCCAGGCUGAGGCAGUUACUGUGCAGCCAGGGCCUGGCGGAUAUCGCUUUAGACGACGUCGCGGCUGCUCCCCGGCACCCCCCCGCGCCGCUCUCCCCUCCGCCGCUCACCGGACCCUCCGAAUCCCCCGCGGCCCCCGCCGUGAACGGGCAGAGCGAGGCCUUCGGGGAGGACGAGGAGGAGAUCUGCACUGAGGAGGCCAUGGAGCGGCUGCAGGAGACGGAGAAGAUCAUCGCCGAGCUGAACGAGACCUGGGAGGAGAAACUGCGCAAGACGGAAGCCAUGAGGAUGGAGAGGGAAGCCUUGCUGGCGGAGAUGGGAGUUGCUGUGAGGGAAGACGGAGGGACGGUGGGGGUCUUCUCCCCAAAGAAGAUCCCUCACCUGGUGAAUCUGAAUGAGGAUCCGCUGAUGUCCGAGUGCCUGCUGUACCAUAUCAAGGAAGGAGUGACGCGGGUGGGCCGUGUGGACGUGGACAUUAAACUAAGCGGGCAGUUCAUCAAAGAGCAGCACUGCAUGUUUCACUGCAACACCAGUGCCAGCGGAGAAGUGAUCGUCACCCUGGAGCCCUGCGAGGAGGCAGAGACCUACGUCAACGGGAAGCUGGUGACGCAGAGCUUGGUGCUAAAAUCUGGUAAUCGGAUCGUCAUGGGGAAGAACCACGUGUUCCGGUUCAACCACCCUGAACAGGCGCGUCUGGAGCGGGAGAAGAGCAGCGCGGCGCUGGAGAGCCAGGCGGAGGCGGUCGACUGGAACUUCGCUCAGCGGGAGCUGCUGGAAAAGCAGGGGAUAGACAUCAAACUGGAGAUGGAGAAGCGGCUGCAGGACCUGGAAUGUCAGUACAAGAGAGAGAAGGAAGAGGCCGACCUCAGCCUGGAGCAGCAGAGACUGUACGGCGACUCGGACAGCGGCGACGACUCUGACAAGCGCUCCUGCGAGGAGAGCUGGAGACUCAUCGCCUCGCUGAGGGAGAAGGUCCCCGCGGGCCGCGUGCAGAGCAUAGUCCGGCGCUGCGGCCUCCCCAGCAGCGGCAAGAGGCGCGAGCCCAUCCGGGUCUACCAGAUACCCCAGCGGAGGCGGCUGGCCAAGGACCCGCGCUGGCUCACCCUGGCCGACCUGAAGAUGCAGGCGGUGAAGGAGAUCUGCUACGAGGUGGCCCUCGGCGACUUCAAGCACAGCAAGCAGGAGAUCGAGGCCAUGGCGGUCAUCAAGAUGAAGGAGCUCUGUCGCACCUACGGCAAGAGGGACGCCAACGAGAAGGAGUGGUGGAAGGCGGUCGCCCGCGACGUGUGGGACACGGUCGGGGUGGGAGAGGACGACGGCGACAAGAGAGGCGGCGCUGGCGGCGGCGGCGGGGUGCAGGAUCUGAAGGCGCACAUAGACAAGCUGACAGACAUCCUGCAGGAGGUGAAGCUGCAGAACAACAUGAAGGACGAGGAGAUCCGGGCCCUGAGAGACCGCAUGGUGAAGAUGGAGAGAGUGAUGCCCGUCACGCAGGACGAGUGGGCAGAGGACGGUGUGGACGACCCGGCGUGGGCUUCCAACGACGACCCCGAGUCCCGCAGCGACGGCUCCCCCGACCGCUCGCCCCGGCAGCAUCGCGUCACCAAGCUGAUGGACGAGGACCCGUCUUUUCGGCGCGGGCGAAUGCGCUGGGUGAAGCAGGAGCAGAGCCGGCUGCAGAGCAUGCAGCACCAGCAGAUCACACGCGCGCUCCGCCGCCCCCCGGGCACCGGCAAGUUUAUCCCCCCGCUCGAUUGCAAGCUCCGCUUCCCGUUCAAGAGCAACCCCCAGCACCGGUUCUCGUGGGCGCCGGGGGCCACGUUUGUGGUGGAGGACGUGGCCUGCGGAGGUUGGCCCCCCGACGAGAAGAGGGCCGGCGGGGAGGAAGAAAACGAGAAGCGGAACGGACGGCGACCGAAAUGGCAAGCAGACGGCGAGCCUCAGCGGCACCGGAGGAACUCGCUGGAUGGCGGAUCGAACAGAGGCAGGCGGCCCCCGCAGCGCCACAAUCGGCCAAACGGGGAGGAAUUCCAGCAAAACGGAAAGGGAGGUCAGGAGAGGGAGGGCGAAAACAGAGGGGGCCGGCAGCCGCGGCAGCCAUCGUCCCAGCAGGACAGGCUCUACAAAUACCACCCGUACACAGCACCCCCCAGGAUGCGCAGGCAGAACUCGGCCCCCGACCUGCGCGACGAGGAGACCCCCGUGUGAGCGGAGAACGGCUACGAAAGUAUGUUGCGGAUGGUCAGAGAAA